AUGGAUAUUUUAGAGCGAUUAGUAGAGCGAGAAGGUCAACGACCUAUUAAUCAACCUGGGACUCAGGAUAAAGGGGAUGAUAGGGCUUUGGAGCGAUUUUUGAAAUUUUCUCCGUCUAAGUUUAUCGAAGGACCUGAUCUUGAAUUAGCGGAGAACUGGUUAGAGAGAAUGACCAAUAUAUUUGCCGCCCUAAACUAUACUGAGGAGAGACGAGUGAACUUUGCUACCUUUCAAUUUGAGGGUGUAGCACGUGCUUGGUGGGAUGUGAUAAGGAGAAAAUGGGAAAGAGCACAGACCCCUUGGAUUUGGAAAAACUUUACUCGAGAGUUUAAUGAAAAAUUUCUCCCACCAUUGGUUCAAGAGAAAAGGGAGGGCGGAUUCAUAAAGUUGAGACAGGAGCUUUUAGUGUAG